AGGUUCCUGACACAGUACACCCAGGGAACGAAGAGCAAGAGUGCCAUGUUGAAGCGACCAUUGCUACUCAGAUUCCUCUUAUUCCUGCAGCUGCCUCUGUUGGGGAUGGGGCUGAACCCAACAGUCCUCAAGCCCAUUGGAAAUGAAGACAUCACAGCUGGUGGGAAACCUGGGACUGGAAGGGAUUUCUUCUCUUCCCCUCUCCCACUUCAUUUUCUCCCCAACCUAGAGGUUCAGUGUUUUGUAUUCAAUGUCGAGUAUAUAAAUUGCACUUGGAACAGCAGCUCUGAGCCUCAGCCCACCAACCUGACUCUGCACUAUUGGUAUAAGAACUCUGGUCAUAACAUCCAGGAGUGUGGCCACUAUCUAUACUCUUCAGAGAUCACUUCUGGCUGUUGGUUGGGAAAAGAGGAAAUCAAUCUCUACCAAACAUUCUUUGUCCAGCUCCAGGACCCACAGGAACCUAGGAGGAAAACCAAAAAGGAGCUAAGACUGCAGGAUCUGGUGAUUCCCUGGGCUCCGAAGAACCUAACACUUCACAACCUGAGUGAAUCCCAGAUAGAACUGAGGUGGAGCAACACAUACUUGGACCACUGUUUGGAGCACCUGGUGCAGUACAGGAGUGACCGGGACCACAGCUGGACUGAACAGUCAGUGGACCAAAGACGUAGCUUCUCCUUGCCUAGUGUGGAUGGGCGGAAACUCUACACAUUUCGUGUUCGGAGUCGCCAUAACCCACUCUGUGGAAGUGCUCAGCAUUGGAGUGAAUGGAGCCACCCAAUCCACUGGGGCAGCCAUACUUCAAAGGAAUCCAUAGAGCCCCCAUCACUGUUUGCACUGGAAGCCGUGCUCAUCCCCCUUGGCUCCAUGGGAUUGAUUAUUAGCCUCAUCUGUGUGUACUGCUGGCUGGAACGGACCAUGCCCCGAAUUCCUACCCUCAAGAGCCUAGAGGAUCUGGUUACGGAAUACCACGGGAACUUUUCGGCCUGGAGUGGUGUGUCUAAGGGACUGGCGGAGAGCCUGCAGCCAGACUACAGCGAAAGGCUCUGCCACGUCAGUGAGAUUCCCCCAAAAGGCGUUGCUCUAGGGGAGGGGCCUGGGGGCUCCCCUUGCAGCCACCAUAGCCUCUACGGGGCUCCCCCAUGUUAUACCCUGAAACCUGAGCCCUGAUACCCUGACAGAACCCCAGGGUCCUGUAGCCCUAAAUUGUACUAACUUCCCCUCAUCCAACCAGCCUGGGCCCAAUGUUCCCCCUGCCCCAACUGUGGCUGAUUUUGAAUUGUGUGUCCCCUAUAACUGCCCCCUCAUUUAAUAUCUCCUCUUUAAGAAUUGUCCGUUUGCCCAACUGGUGUGGUUCAGUGGUUGAGCAUCGACCUAUGACCCAGGAGAUCAAGGCACGGAUUGUGGGCUGGAUCCCCAGUAGGGGACGUGCAGGAGGCAACCCAUCAAUGAUUCUUUCUCAAUAUUAAUGUUUUUAUCCCUCUCUCCUUUCCUCUCUGAAAUCAAUUAAAAAUAUAUUUUAAAAAGAAUUGCCCAUUUGCCCUGUACAUGUUUGUCAUCUCCCUCGAUCCAGAAUUCCUCUUCCUAGAAUUCUUUCUCCCUCCCUCCCAACCUCUCUCUCUCCAUCUACCCUUCAGUUGUUCCCGAAUCAAUGAUAAAUAAAGUUUCUGUUGAUAAUCA